AUGCGAGCAGCAGUGAUGGAGUCUCCUCCGUCUAACUCUUCUCCUCCACCUCCUCCAUCAUCAUCCCUCACUCCUGCCGUUCCUCCAUCAGUGAAACUGGGUCUGACAGCACUCUACACGCUCUUCUACUGUGUGCUGUUCAUCUUCGUGUACGCUCAGCUGUGGCUGGUGCUGCGCUACAGACACAAGCGCUUCAGCUACCAGACGGCGUUCUUGUUCCUGUGCCUGCUGUGGGCGGCCCUGCGCGCGCUGCUCUUCUCCUUCUACUUCAGAGACUGCGGGACGGCCAACACACUGCGGCCCUUCUGCUUCUGGCUGCUCUACUGCUUCCCUGUGUGUCUGCAGUUCUUCACACUCAGCCUCAUGAACCUCUACUGCGCUCAGGUUUUCUUCAAGGCCAAGUCCAAGUUUUCUCCUCAUCUGCUGAGAUACAAGGCUCCUCUAUAUGUGCUGUUCUUCGCGGUCAGUCUGCUGUUUCUGCUGGUGAAUCUCAGCUGUGCGCUGCUGGUAAAGAUGACUGACACGCCAGUAAAGAGUGUGGUUCUGGUUCGCGUCGCCAUCAACGAUUCGCUGUUCGUUGUCUGCGCCGUUUCUCUCGCUGUCUGCCUUUACAAAGUGGCCAAGAUGUCCAUCGCCAGCAUCUACCUGGAGUCCAAGGGCACGUCUGUAUGUCAGGUGACUGUGAUCGGGCUGCUGGUGAUCCUCCUGUACUCCUCGAGGGCCUGCUAUAAUCUGGUGGUCUUGUCCCUCACAGACGUCCAGAGCAUAAACUCCUUCGACUACGACUGGUACAACGUGUCGGAUCAGGCGGAUCUGCGCUCCAGUCUGGGAGACGCAGGUUACGUGGUGUUCGGGGUGAUUCUGUUCAUCUGGGAGCUGCUGCCCACAUCACUGGUGGUGUUUUUCUUCCGCGUCCGCAAACCUGCGCAGGACCGGAGCGGUUCUGCCAUUCCCAGCCAUGUUUUCUCCAAUCGGCCGUAUUUCUUCGAUAACCCCAGACGCUACGACAGCGAUGAUGAUUUAGCCUGGCCUUCACAUCCCGUCACCACCUCAACCAGUUUAUCGACGGACUGCUCAGACUGGGGGAGCCGCAGCAGCAGUUUUCUGGUUCAUCUUGGAGGAGACGACCAGCGCUCGACUGUGGUGACGGCAGGACUAAACCGCUAGCACUUGCGCAGCUACAGCGCUAACACAUCCACACAUUACUGAGAGUCGCCAUGGCAACAGCUGAUGACGACAAUCAGAGUAACAAGAUCAGAAUCAGCCUGUGUUCAGAAUGCACGACUAACACACUGCACACUAUUAAUAACACACACACACACACUGUGUAAUAUUAAUAACACACGCAAACACACUGUAUACUAUAAAUAACUCCCUCUCACACACCCACUGUGUACUAUUAAUAACUCAAACGCACAGCUUCUAUUAAUAACUCACACAACACACUGCAUACUACAGCGUCACAUACUGACAUCACUGCACACUUCAUACAGUACACACACUACAGACUAAUACACACACUGUGGACUGUUUAGCUCUCACUUUACUAAACACAAAGCAUAAAUCUCAGAGCAAAACUGAACCUGUUCAGUACUGAAUCAUUCACAGUCAGUGAUUAAUUCAUAAAGACCCCUUCUUUGAUUCUAAACAAAUCUGCUGGAAAUGAUUCCUCCUGCUUUGAAGGAAUCAUUUAAAUGAAUGACUCAAUUCAGUGAUUGAUUCAUAAAGACCCCUGCUUUGAUUCCAAACGAAUCUGCUGAUUUGAAGGAAUCAUUUGAAUGAAUGACUCAGUGAAUCACUCUUUAAUUAUCCAUGACAGACUAAAACCUUUUUUAUAAGGUGAAAUUCUUAUGGAUCAGAUUAAUUCUAAACGAAUCAAUUUAUUUGAAUGAAUAACUCAGUGAAUCACUCUUUUUUUAUCCAUGAUAGACUAAAACCUUUAUACAACUGACAUUUCUAAUGGAUCAGAUUAUUUAUGAAUCUCAGAGCAAACCGGAGCCUGUUCAUUACUGAAUUAAUCAUACAGUCAGUGUUUCAGUGAUUGAUUCAUAAAGACCUCUGCUUUGAUUCCAAACGAAUCUGCUGAUUUGAAGGAAUCAUUUGAAGGAACGGCUCAGUGAAUCACUCUUUAUUUAUCCAUGACAGACUGAAAUCUUGUUUAUAUACUGACUAUUUUUUAAGAACCAGAACAUUCAUGAAUUUCAGAGCAAUACUAAAUGAAUCAUUCCGUCAGUAAUUCAGUAAAUGAUUCAUAAAGACUCCUGCUUUGUUUCUAAAUGAAUCAGCUGCUUUGAAUGGAUCAUUUGAUUGGAUGACUCAUUAAGAAACAGACUAUUUAUUAAUCCACAACAGACUGAAACCUUAUUUAUGGAUCAGGACAUUUAUGAAUCUUAAAAGCAAAACUGAACCUGUUCAUUACUAAAUAAAUCAUUCAGUCAGUGAUUGAUUCAUAAAGACCCCUGCUUUGUUUCUAAAUGAAUCAUUUGAUUGGAAGACUCAUUAAGAAACAGACUAUUUAUUAAUCCACGACAGACUGAAACCUUAUUUAUAUACUGACUUUUUUAAGCAGAACAUUCUUGAAUUUCAGAGCAAAACUGAACCUGUUCAUUAAUGAAUGAAUCAUUCCCAGUGAUUAAUUCAGUAAAUGAUUCAUAGAGACCCUUGCUUUGUUUCUAAAUUAAUGAGCUAAUUUGAAGGAAUCAUUUAAAUGAAUAACUCAUUAAGAAACAGACUAUUUAUUUAUCCAGACAGACUGAAACCUUUUUUUAUGUACUUCCUUUCUUAUGGAUUAGAACAUUUAUGAAUCUCAGAGCAAAACUGAACCUGUUCUUUACUGAAUGAAUCAUUCUCAGUCAGCGAUUCAAUGACCAAUUCAUAAAGACCCCUGCUUUGACUCUAAAUGAAUCAACUGAUUUGAAUGAAUCAUUCGAUUGGAUGACUCAGUGAAUCACUCAUUAAGAAACUGACUAUUUCUCCAUGACAGACUGAAACCUUAUAUAUGGAGCAGAACAUUUAUGAAUCUCACAGCACAACUGAACCUGUUCAUUACUGAAAUAAUCAUUCAGUCAGUGAUUCAGUGAUUAUUUCAUAAGAUCUAUGCUUUGAUUGUAAACGAGUCUGCUGAUUUGAAGGAAUCAUUUGAAUGAAUGACUCAGUGAAUCAAUCUUUAUUUAUCCAGACAGACUGAAACCCUUUUUAUACAGUGCAAUUCUUAUGGAGCAGAACAUCUCAGAAUAAAACUGAACCUGUUCAUUACUAAAUGAAUCAUUGACAGUCAGUGAUUCAGAGACUGAUUCAUUAGGACCCCUGCUUUAAUUCUAAACACAUCAGUUUAUUUAAAUGGAUGACUCAGUGAAUCACUCUUUAUGUAUCCCUUACAGACUGAAAUCUUGUUUAUAUAACGCCUUUUUAAGAAGCAGAACAUUUAUAAACUUUACAGAAAACUGAACCUGUUCAUUACUGAACGAAUCAUUCCCAGUCAGUGAUUCAUUGACUCAUAAAGAGUCCUGCUUUGUUUCUAAAUAAAUCAAGUGAUUUGAAGGAAUCAUUUAAAUGAAUGACUCUUUAAGAAACAGACUAUUUCUUAAAUUCACAACAGACUGAAACCUUUUUAUGUACUGCAUUUCUUAUGGAUCAGAACAUUUAUGAAUCUCAGAGCAAAACUGAACCUGUUCAUUGCUGAAUGAAUCAUCCUACUUUAAUUCAAAAUGAAUCAGCUAAUUUGAAUGGAUCAUUCGAUUGGAUGACUCAGUGAAUCACCCAUUAAGAAAAUGACUGUUUAUUAACAGACUGAAACCUUAUCUAUGGAUCAGAACAUUUAUGAAUCACAAAGAAAAACUGAACCUGUUUAUUACUGAAUGAAUCAUUCACAGUCAGUGAUUCGGUGAUUAUUUCAUAAAGAUCCAUGCGUUGAUUGUAAACGAAUCUGCUGAUUUGAAGGAAUCAUUUGAAUGAAUGACUCAGUGAAUCAAUCUUUAAUUAUUAUCCAGACAGACUGAAACCCUUUUUAUACAGUGCAAUUCUUAUGGAUAAGAACAUUUAUGAAUCUCAGAGCAAAACUGAACCUGUUCAUUACUGAAUGAAUCACUCUCAGUAAGCGAUUCAAUGACCAAUUUAUAAAGACCCCUGCUUUGAUUCUAAAUGAAUCAACUGAUUUGAAUGGAUCAUUCGAUUGGAUGACUCAGUGAAUCACCCAUUAAGAAAAUGACUAUUUCUCCAUGACAGACUGAAACCUUAUUUAUGGAUCAGAACAUUUAUGAAUCACAAAGAAAAACUGAACCUGUUUAUUACUGAAUGAAUCAUUCACAGUCAGUGAUUCAGUGAUUAUUUCAUAAAGAUCCAUGCGUUGAUUGUAAAAGAAUCUGCUGAUUUGAAGGAAUCAUUUGAAUGAAUGACUCAGUGAAUCAAUCUUUAAUUAUUAUCCAGACAGACUGAAACCCUUUUUAUACAGUGCAAUUCUUAUGGAGCAGAACAUUUAUGAAUCUCAGAGCAAAACUGAACCUGUUCAUUACUGAAUGAAUCACUCUCAGUCAGCGAUUCAAUGACCAAUUCAUAAAGACCCCUGCUUUGACUCUAAAUGAAUCAACUGAUUUGAAUGAAUCAUUCGAUUGGAUGACUCAGUGAAUCACUCAUUAAGAAACUGACUAUUUCUCCAUGACAGACUGAAACCUUACAUAUGGAGCAGAACAUUUAUGAAUCUCACAGCACAACUGAACCUGUUCAUUACUGAAUGAAUCAUUCCCAGUCAGUGAUUCAGUGAUUAUUUCAUAAAGAUCCAUGCUUUGAUUGUAAAUGAAUCAACAGAUCUAUCAAUCCAUGACAGACUGAAACUACAGUAUGCUUAUGUUAGUGUGCAUUCUGAACCCAGAUCAGUGCUGUAAAUCUGUGUACAUUCACUCACACACACACAUUGUGACUCCAGUACAGUAGUUUUGAUCAGAAUGAUGAACUAACAUGUGUAAGGCAUGAUGACUUUGUGUUUAUCUGUUGAAAACGGCAUCAUCGCUUCACUUAAAGCACACUUUAAUACUUACGAUAUAAUUAUGUAUAUAAAUAUAUAUUUCACUGAAACGUGAUUCUCAUUUGUUGAUUUGUAAUGAGGAUGUUUCGUCACCUUCCAUCAAUCAAAUAAACUAUUUGCUGUUAAA